UCUGUAACCAGCCACUGAUCAGUGUCUAGACCUGACAGAUAUCCUAGACAUUUUAUUAGUGCUUAUGUGUGCUGUGUCAAAUACUGCUCAGGCUCAUUUUGGCGAAGGAACAAAGUUGACUGUACUUGAUCCUGAUGUUACCAUCACAGAACCAACUUUAAAAAUUCUAAAUACGACCCGCUGUAAGGAAAAGGUCACUCUUGUGUGUGUGGCAGAAAACUUCUACCCAGACCAUGUCAGCAUCAAAUGGACACUUGGAGACAAAGAAAUAACAGAAGAUGUAGCGACAGACCCUUAUGCCACCAAAGAUGAAAACACAAAAAUGUUCAACAUAUCCAGCAGACUUAAAGUCUCUAAAAAAGAAUUCACACCAAAAAACACAUUCAGAUGUACAGUGACCUUCAACAAUUCAACACACGUUUCUGAAAAAACAGUUUAUAUCACUGGAACUGGAGGGGGUGAAUAUGAACCAGAAGACUAUUUAAAAUCAUCGCAGACGAUGAAGCUGGCAUACGGUGUGUUCAUUGCUAAGAGUGCACUGUAUGGCCUUGUCAUCUUUGUGUUCGUGUGGAGAAAGGGUUCAUCUGGAAAAUGAAUGAACUAAACAUCUGGAUUGUUGGAGUUUUCAAGAAAACUUCAUUUACUCCAACCAGAAGAGAUGCUGUUUAUAUAACUGAAGAGUCUAUUUUAUUUUAUUUUAUUUUAUUUUAUUUUAUUUUAUUUUUCUUUUAUUUUAUUUUAUUUUAUUUUAUUUUAUUUUAUUUUAUUUUAUUUUAUUUUAUUAUUUCAUUUUAUUUUAUUUUAUUUUAUUUUAUUUUAUUUUAUUUUAUUUUAUUUAUUUUAGUUUAGUUUAGUUUUGUUUAUUUCUCUCCUUCUGUUCUUUUCUGAGUGUUUAUACCAAUGAAAGCCUGCAGAUACUUCAGAUCAGAUUAAUCAUAAAAUCUACUUUUUGAAUAUAUAUUAUUCUUUUGCUUGUUUCCUUGCUACUGUAUUUACUGUUAAUUUUAUUGAUUUA